AGAUUCGAUUCGUUAUCAACACCCUAGGCUUGCAGCAUCUACGAAUAAAAAGUUCCGGCCACAACUUGGACCCGUCCGCGUGCAACGGAGCAACCUGCAAGGCGAGAAAAAUGCCAUGGUGCCUUUCGCUCAUUUAGGCAUAAGUGCCUUUUCACCGUCUGUGCCGGCUGAGACAAAUGUGCGGAUCUUUGACUCAAGAACAAUCCGGGCUCCGAAUUGUCAAAUCAUAGCGGAGCUCAUCGUUGUGUCCACACGAUCAGAUGGCCCAGAGUGCGGAAACAGUCUCGCCGAUACCUUCCAUACGUCGAACGCUAUUACAUCGCGUUGAAAUAUCGACUUCGGCAGUCCACCACACACUGCGUCUGACAGUCUGGGCUUGUCUCGGAAUCGACAUAGUCCCCGUGCUUUCUGGAUUUCACAAUCUAUUGACCGCAUUGCAUAAAUGUCGACCACUGUUCUCUCGCAGUGCCACGACGUCAGUUGGAAAAUUGGCGCAGAGAUCGCGCCAUGAAUUGGUGGUCGGUCAGAAAUUUUUACCAGGACGAAUGUCAGACUGGCGUUGGCGGCUGCCGCAGCGGAAACCAUAUGACCCCUUUUCCUCCAACAACCCAGCCGCAAAGCCUCCACAGCAUGCCUUCUUCCGUACCAACAGCAAAUCUGCCGAGGGUAUCUGUAUUUGUCCAUCUAGCGGUGGACGAUGUUCCGCUCGCUGCUCUGCAGUCCACAUGCGCGUGUCCGUGUGUCAGCGCGGGUGGCCGUACGUUCCUGGUGCACCUAAGACAAGAACCGGCAACCAGCCGAUGGAGUGUUACACAUGCGAUCCUAGUGCGGCGGAGAAAUCCUAUUCUUCGCGAUAAUCCAGCCUGUUACCGCUCUAUUGGGGCCAGCUGCCGGUAUGCCUCAACGGCGUGCAGUAGAGUGCGCAUUUAUGCGUGUUCCUGGUGU